AUGGUUGAGCGUUUCCGUUCUGAAGUUGAUAAGUUUAAAGACGCACUUAGCGAGUUUGAAACUGACAUUGUAAGGCAUAGAUUGCUAUAUGAAUCCCAAGAUUUCGAAGAGUCGAUGUUGAGGACAGUGGAAUUAAAAAGAUUUUCUGUACAAGCUCUUCGAAAUUACGAAGAAAUUUCCAAAGAAGCUUCCAAAGAAACUUCCAAAGCAGAUAAAAGGUUUGUGGAGUUACAAACAGCAAUUUCAAAAAUUAUCGCAAUUCAGAAUGCUCGAGAUUUGGCAUUUAGUACAAGUUAUUUGCAACGUUUAAUUUUACGUGAACCUACUGACAAAAUAAAGGAAUCAAAGAUGUUGAACCAGCUAAUUCUUUUACAACAGCAUCAAACCCAGAUAAUUGAAUUGGCAAAGCAAGAAAGGAAUACACACUUAGAAGUUUGUGAAGCAAGAUCUUGUUUACAAAAAGAACUUGUGCUGUGUAAAAGAACUAUGGAGAAGAGAACUCAGGAUUCAAAGUCGAAAAUAGCUUCAGAAAUAGAGGCAAAAAUUUCCAGGAAAUUAGAAAAAAUGAAUAUAAUGAGGAAAUUGAUGAUCGGAAUUUUAUUGUGUAAAGAUGCUCCAUUAACUGAUCACUGGCUUGACUUUUUUCCAACCUUGCGAGAUAAGAUUACAAUUGACUCGUUUCGUAAUUGA